UGAAUUAAAUAUUUAGCGGAUGAAAAGGGCGAACACAUUCAACGUGUUUCAUCAAACGGCUGGAGGUAUGAAGGAGUGGGCGGAUGGAGGGGGGCGCAGUCAUCAUUUAAGAAACCCCUUUGAAGAGCGCAUGCGCAUGGAUUUGAAGAGAAUACGCCAUAUUGAAUUCUCGUAGGAAUCGGUUAGCAAUUUUUCCCAGCUAGCGGUGCAUAGGGGGGCCACUUUAUCAAUGGUCCGGAUUCGGUUAUACGUUUAAACUCCUCUCUUUUCGUAACCCUGGACAGCGUAGUGAUCUCUGAAGGUGUCCGGGAAGCGGAGUGGAUUCACGACGGGCUCGCUAGCUUUAGUUAGACACUCGUAGGGGAGGGGGGGUUACCGGAGGAAGAAGUUGAAUGGAUCCGAGGGUAGCUUGGAUUCAGCCCGAACAGAAAGGACCUGCGAACGCCUUAUGGAUGCACGUCUGGGAGACCUCUCAGGGAGUACGGACGCUCGCGCAGCAGCAGCAGCUCCACAAUCAGAACCACAACCAGUGUGUCAGCUACACUGCGUUGGAUGUUAUAAAAAAUGUGGCGACCGCGGUGGCAACGGGAAAGAGCAUUUGCAGCAGCGGUAACGUUACAGGCAGCCGGAGCAGCAGCAGCCAUCACGGCAUAAUGAACGGCACUACAACUAUUAACGGCACUGCGAUUUCCACGCUAGGGUUAGUAGCACUGUCCAACGGGAACCUACAUAAUAAUAACUCUUUUGCCGCGACAAGCGCCGCUGCAGAAGCCGGUGAGGGCAAAAGCCUGCCUCAAAAGCCCGGAUCUGUCUCCACUUCGUCUUCUUCACAGGAAUCGCGGACGGACAGUCCACUUGAGAGGACUAUGGGUGGAAAUGUGCCGGGCAACGUGAAUAAUAAAAACGUCGGGGGUGCCAAUCUGUUCUACAGUUUGGGCGACAGCAUGGAUAUUAAUAAUGUCAACCUUCACCACCAACACCGUCACCACCACCACCAUCAUCAUCAUCACCACCGUCACCUACAGGAGCACCCGGCUUUCAAUGUACAGCAGAUCUGCGUGAAGCGUCACCAGCUCCAGCCUGCUGUACCUGUAAAUCACACACACAAUCACCACCCGGGCCGCAGGAAAAGUGAGAACAAGGCGAGCACUUAUGGGAUGAACUACUUGCUCUCGAACUGCACUAAUGGUAAUUAUGCCAGCACUUGGACACCGUGGAAGACUCGGACGUACAACCCCGGAGUCCUCGGACUCCACGAGGAGGUGAUGGACUUCUACAACUUCAUGUCUCCCCGGCCAGAGGAAGCAGCAAUGAGGAAAGAGGUGGUGAACCGGAUAGAGAUGGUCAUUAAGGAGCUAUGGCCCACUGCAGAUGUCCAAAUAUUUGGCAGCUUCAGCACAGGACUCUAUCUUCCGACAAGUGACAUUGACCUGGUGGUGUUUGGGAAGUGGGAGCGCCCGCCGCUGCAGGAGCUGGAACAAGCUCUUCGCAAACAUAACGUGGCAGAACCCUUCUCCAUCAAAGUGCUGGACAAAGCUACAGUGCCAAUCAUCAAGCUGACGGACCAGGAGACCGAGGUGAAGGUGGACAUCAGUUUCAAUGUGGAGACUGGAGUCAAGGCGGCAAGCUUCAUUAAAGACUAUGUAAAGAAGUAUCCAGUGCUGCCUUAUCUGAUCUUCGUACUGAAGCAGUUCCUGCUGCAGAGAGAUCUAAACGAAGUCUUCACUGGGGGAAUCAGCUCUUACAGCCUCAUCCUCAUGGUCAUCAGCUUCCUACAGCUACAUCCUCGCAUCGACGCCAGGAAUCCUACUGAGAACUUGGGCGUGUUGCUGAUCGAAUUCUUUGAGUUGUACGGCCGCCAUUUCAACUACUUGAAAACAGGGAUUCGCAUCAAAAAUGGAGGCGCGUACAUCCCCAAAGAGGAGAUCAUGAAGUCCAUGACGAAUGGAUACAGGCCAUCGAUGCUCUGCAUAGAGGACCCAUUGCUUCCUGGUAACGAUGUGGGAAGAGGCUCCUACGGCGCCAUGCACGUCAAGCAGGUGUUUGACUACGCCUACACCGUCCUGAGUCACGCCGUGUCACCACUCGCGCGGUCAUAUCCCAAUAAAGAGUGCGAAAGCACCUUGGGCAGGAUCAUCAGGUUGACCCAGGAAGUUAUCGAUUACAGAGAAUGGAUCAUCAAGAAGUGGGGGGGCCGGGAUCUGGCACGAACAGACAACCGAGUUUCACCUCCAAAGGAGCCGGUGUCGGAGCAGGAGCUUGGCGUCAGCAGCAUCGGGUCGGAGGAGCAGCAGAGGGACUCGGCGUCGCCCCACAGCGCAGACUCCCCCAUGUCCAUCUCCAGCCCGCAGCAGCACUCGUCGGCGUCCUCCGUCUCCUCGCUGUCUGGAUCAGACAAUGACUCUGAUUCAGCGUUACCGUGUCCUGUCCCUCCGCCGACCCUGUCGCCGUACCCGUCUUUCCCGCAUCUGGGCUUAGCGUUGCCACCAGGACUCAAGCCCGGCAUGGGAGGACACCAUCUGCUCAUACCUCCAGGCUCACAGGCUCGCAUGUCACUGCCCGGUGGUCUAGCAAUGCACUCCAUACCUGGCAGACAGGUGUGUAUAGACACCGGGCUCCCCCCCUUCUUCCACAUGCCCCCCCUAGCCCAUGCUCAUGCUCAUGCUCAUGCUCAUGCCCCCGCCCCCUCCAGCCCCCAGCCUCCGCUCAGCCCCCACUCCAGCCACACACACAAGAACACAACCAAGUUAAAUGUGAAGGGCUUCCACAACCCGCCGCCGGUCAGCAACCCUGUCCUGGCCAACCGCGGACACACACACACGCAGUAUCACCGCAACACUUGGCGGCGCAGGAAGAGGGACAGCCUACCGGUUAGCCUCAGCAGAUAGAAGCCACUCCUUCCUGUAACCUUUUUCCUCCUUCCUCCUCUUCCUCCCUCCUCUUCCUCCUCCUCUCUGGCUGUAAACCCUGGCUCUUUGUUCGUCUUGAAGGAGGAUGGACAGACAGACAGACAAACAGACAGAGGACCAGAGACCAGCAGUUUUACAUGUGGAGCUGCCACGACACAGAACAGCAGCACUCAGCUCUGCAGCUUCCUCCUACUCUCGCCAUCUUUCCGUUUCUGCAUGACAAAGUUUUAUACAUUCAGUAUUUUUGUUUUUUUUUUCACCAUCUUCGUUUUUUUAAGCUAUUAGACUCGGUGGUCAUUUCUUUGCCAAGUCUACUUGACCUCACCUCAACCCUUACAGCCAAGCUGCCUGAGGUUCAGUGUUACCUUCUUUUUUUGUUUGUUUUUUUACAGUUUAUACACUUAGGAACAAACUUGUUUUUUCUUAUUUUCAUUUUGUGCAAUAAUGUUAUUUCUUCUUGGAACUAAAGUAAAUGCUUAUUUAAUUUUGUUGUGUGUGUAUAUGUAUGGAUGUGUGUAAAGGCAUUUUUAUACUGUUAUUUUAUUUUUGUAGAGUUUAAAAAAAGAAAAAAAAAAUUGUUUACGAAACUUUCCCCAGGCAGCAUCUCGUACGUGUGCGUGUGCGUGUGUGUGUGUUGUUCUGUCUGAGAAGCAGAUUAGAAGAUUCUCUUAUCUUGAUAUUUUUUCCAGUUCUCUUCAGGUGUCUUGUGAAAAUGGGUGAGGUUUGCAUGAAGUUCCUCAGGGAAGUUGUCGUUGUUCCUCAGUCCAGUUGGUAAAAAGGCGUUAGUGGAGAGAAAUGGAUGGAGGUAAAGUUGCAUCCUGGGAUCUCCUGACCAAUGACAGGAGAGAUAAAAGCCCCUGAGCAGAACCUCCAUGAGCGAGAGUGUGUGUGUGUGUGUGUACUUUUGUAUGUAUGCAUGUGUCUAUGCUGUUGCCAUGUUUCGUCAGUCAGGGGAAGGCUGACGGUGGCCUGCUUGUUUUUGUUGUGGCCGUUUUUCUCUCUGCUGUAGUGGAUUUAAAAAAGAGGAAAAAUACUUCCAGACAGAGAGAGAGAGACUGUUCUAUUCAGCAUUUUUCUUUUUUUUUGUGCUGUGUCCUUUCUUUCUUUUUCUUUUUUUUUUUUUACUACGUGUUGUAGGAGGGCUCGGGGCCAAGAAGGCAUCAUCAGCCUGUCUGACUUGAAUUUGAAGAUCAAAAACCAUAGGGAGGGUGAGAAGAGAGAGAGGGCAGAACACCACUGAUCCCAGGUCAGAGAACUCCUCAGAUGCUUACUCUCCCCAGUUCAGGGACAUGGUUGUGGGAAAUCUGAUCGCGGCGCUGACGGGGUCGACUGUGGCCCCGCAGCUGUUAAUCAUUGACGACCGACGGCGAUAAGAUUUCUUCUUUGUGGUCCUGGACAAAGGAGAAGGAGGGAGUGUUGAGGGAGAGGGGGGAGGGAGGAGGAGGUGGUCUUCCGUAACCAAGGACCCUAGUGAAAGGGAAAUAUUUUGAUUCCAUUCAGGAAUCUUGUGUAUAUUUGAUUGCCAGGUACUUCCGCUAAUUGUUUGCAAUGCCUUUCUUUGUGUUUACUCGGACGUGUGUGUGUGUGUACGUCGUAUUGUCGCAAACACACACACACACACACACACUAUGACAGACAGGACUGUCGAAGGCUGUGACUCGCCCAGAACACUACACAUGCUGGUGUUAUUACUAUGCAAGUGGAUUAUUCUUAUUAUCGUGUCAACUCUCCCAUCUUGUCUCUCUUUUUUUGGAGUUAUUUUUGGAACGACAAACACUGCUCGUUAGACCGACUGUCAGACUCAAGACUGGAGCUGACUCAUGUGAACUGCAGCGCCCUUAAACACCCCCCCUCACCUCCCUCACCCCUGUAUAUGUUUGAAGGUCCUGAUCUGUUUCAAAGUCUAGUUUUCUACAUCUAUCACACAUGUAAGGAGUAGGGCAUGUUAUUGUCAGUGGUCGGGGUCUGGGUCUGUGUAGUGUGUGAUAUAGUGAACCAUGUGUUGAGACUCGUGACUUUGCCACCGACCGGAAACAAGUGCACCCGAGAGAGAAAGAGAGAGGGAGAGAGGGAGAGGGGGAUCGCGUCUUGCACUCUGCAGGUGAACUUCAGACGGGACCAAAGUGUCCAGGAGCAAUUCUUUAUCUUUUCUUUUUGUUUUACUGACACUGUUCAGUAAUGUUGCAACAUGAUGUUUUGUUUUUUUCUUUCUUUCUUUUUUUUCGUAAAACCACGACAACUCUGAUCCAUUCAGUCAACACUUCACAUCAGUUUAAUGUCAUGUUGAACCUCCAAAGCUAAGGUUAUGAGCUGAACAUCAUCUCGUCUGGCGCCAAACUAAGAGGAUUAUACUCUUUGUUGCCCUGUGACUCUCUCUACAAAUGUUAAUUAUUCACAUCUGUUGGGGAGUGAUGAAGUGCUCACUUUUAUGUAUACAUUUAGAUAACGGGGGUUGGAUGUAGUCGGCAAACCUGUUUAACCCUGUCCAAAACUGUACUCCUGAUUGCCACGCUAGACAGACAGACAGACAGACAUGAUUUAAAAUCCAUCUCAGCGGUCCGGUCCACUGCAGCUCGCUCUCCGUCCCCCCCGGCUCUUCUCUCAUCAGAACGGUGAUGGAACCGGUUCAUUAACGGCGUCGGUCUGGUGUCGGGGUGAGAGGCUCGGGAGUGACCGCUGAGAUUUUUGACGUACACAUGAUAUGUACAUGUAGAUGCAAUGUAAUGUUACCCCCGUCCCCCAUUGCAAUCAAAAUGAGGGAUUUUAAUCUGGUUAUCUGCUGCUGAUGAGAGCGUGGUGACGGAUUCAUGUGAGCAGUCGCUCUCAGAACGGACGCCUAGCUAUCUAUCGGUGACCCGAGGGAAGCACUGCCCACCUUUUUGUUUUUUGUUUUGUUUUUCUUUUUCUUUCUUUUGGACAUUUUUAUGUAAAUAUAUUUUUUUCUAUUUUAUUUUUUAAUAAACAUUUUAAAACUGCCA